AAACUUCCAUAUGCAGAUAUGUAUACCAAUAUGGAAGAGGACUGUGAAUUGCGUCUCGGACCUCCCGAACGUUCUGCAAAGAUGGAUAUAAUAAUUGUGGGUGCAGGCGCAUCCGGGUUGGUCACAGCAUACCGCCUCCUGGAAAAAGAUCCCUCGUUACAAAUAAGAAUACUAGAGGCAAGUGACGUUAUUGGUGGUAAUCUGGUACAAUUGCCUAUGGGAGAAAUCGGUGCCAAAUGGUUGGAAGAAACCCAAACUCACAUGCACCUAUUACUUCAACGUCUAGAAGUGCCUAUGCAGCAACGGACAAUUGUGGAUUCAACUUUGCCUCGUUGUUGGGAACUGGAUUCUGGAGUAACCUCGUACUUUGCCAAAUACGAAUUGCAACGUUACAUCAAUGAGCUGCAGUUGAAAACACCUUUCUUCAAACCUGGUCGCUUUAGUAUAAGGAGGGACUCCACGAAGAUGGGUAAACACAUAAAUAACCGGUUAUUUUUCAAUGAGUCUCGAAAAUUCAUGACGAAUCUAGUGGAACUAGUUUGCGGUUUAAAGGCGGAUGAUAUUAGCUACAAAGAAUUCAUGAACCUAUGCUACGGUUGCGGUGGCGUACAAAACAUAAUGAAUAUCUACUUGGAAUGUCCGAAUACUUUGUUGGAAUUCGACAGCGCUCGACUAAUCAAGAAACUUAAACAAACAUUGCAAAACACAGAAAUCCUUCCCUCGCGGCAGGUUAAAGCCAUCUGCCAUUACAAAGACUACGUCGAGGUGCAUGACUCUGCGCAGCACGUCCAUACAACUGAAGCUCUUAUCUUGGCGAUUCCCUUGAACCAUUUGCAGCAUAUAAAUAUCUCCCCACCAGUACCCAUGGAAAUACGCAAUGUGAUUAACCAAAAAUCGGAUGCCGCGAAAUACGUAACCAGCUUCAUAGCGUGUUACACCGAUGGUCACUGGCGGAAGGCUGGAUACUCAGGCGAUUUCUUAAAAAAUGAACCAUUCAUAGUGGGCCACGAGUACCGGCCUAGCGUUUAUGUGGGCAUGACGAUGCAUGAUAGUGCCAUGGACUCAUUGGUUCGAGCAACUGUGUUGAAUGCUUUAGCCCAACACUUCGGUGAAGAGAUGAAAGCGCCAAUCAGCUACAGUCAGCACACAUUCCUGCUAAGCGCGAUGGGUCAUGUGCCCUUCACCACGCCCUGGAAUCGCAUCAUAUGGUCGUCAUCAGCCGCUGCGGCUACCUGUUAUCGUGGCUUCUUAGGUGGUGCAGUGCAAAGUGGACUACGGGCAGCAAUGAAUGCGCUGCUACUAGUGAGACCGCAAAAAGUGACAUGGAUGGAUGUCGCCGACUUACAUUGCCAAAAUUGUCCAAACAUUAAAGAUGUUGGUAUGCUACAGUUAUGGAUGAGUGGACUCAAUCUCUUCAACGUCGGCUACUAUACCUUGUACGCGUCGAGCGUGUUGGUAGCGUUGCAGCUCGCCUACAAAAGGUUUAACUAAAAUGCUAAUUGAACAUUUUUACAUAUAAUAAAUAUCUACUACGGCCGAUAGGACGAUUUACUUGGAUAAGGUUUGGCCCAAAAGUUUUUGCGCAUAGAAUUGUUCUUCAAUGAAAUUCUUUUAUAAACUGAAUCGC